AUGAGCGUUUCCAAGAAGCUUUUCUCCACUGCUGUCCGCGGAAAGUCGUGGUGGUCGCACGUCGAGAUGGGCCCACCGGAUGCGAUUCUUGGAGUCACUGAGGCUUACAAGGCGGAUUCGAACCCAAAGAAGAUCAAUCUUGGAGUCGGAGCUUAUCGUGACGAUCAAGGAAAGCCAUUCGUUCUCCCAUCGGUCAAGGAAGCCGAGCGUCAAGUGAUUGCUGCCAAUCUCGACAAGGAGUAUGCUGGUAUUGUUGGUCUCCCAGAGUUCACCAAGCUCUCUGCUAAGCUCGCCCUUGGAGAGAACUCGGAGGUUAUCAACAACAAGAGAAUUUUCACCACCCAAAGUAUCUCUGGAACCGGUGCUCUCAGAAUUGGAUCUGAAUUCUUGGCCAAGUACGCCAAGAGCAAAGUCAUCUAUCAACCAACUCCAACCUGGGGAAACCACGUUCCAGUCUUCAAGUUUGCUGGUGUUGAUGUCAAGCAGUACCGCUACUACGACAAGUCGACCUGUGGAUUCGACGAGGCCGGAGCUCUUGCCGACAUUGCUCAAAUUCCAGAAGGUGCUACCAUCUUGCUCCACGCUUGUGCUCACAACCCAACUGGAGUCGAUCCAUCUCGCGAGCAAUGGAAGAAGAUCUCCGACAUUGUUAAGAAGCGUAACUUGUUCGUCUUCUUCGACAUGGCCUACCAAGGAUUUGCUUCUGGAGAUGUCGACAACGAUGCCUUCGCCGUCCGAUACUUCAUUGAGCAAGGACACAACAUCAUCCUUUCCCAAUCCUUUGCCAAGAACAUGGGACUCUAUGGAGAACGUGUCGGUGCUUUCUCCGUCGUCACCUCUGAUGCCGACGAAGCCGCUCGUGUCGCUUCCCAGGUGAAGAUCCUCAUCCGUCCACUCUACUCGAACCCACCAGUCCACGGAGCUCGUAUUGCUUCUCGCAUCCUCUCGGACCCAGCUCUCAACAAACAAUGGCUCGGAGACGUCAAGUUGAUGGCUGAUCGUAUCAUCACCAUGAGAACCCAACUCAAGGACUUGCUCGCCAAGGAGGGAUCCACCCGCAACUGGGAGCACAUCACCAACCAAAUUGGAAUGUUCUGCUUCACCGGCAUCAACCAACAACAAGUCGAGAAACUCAUCAAGGAGCACUCUGUCUACUUGACCAAGGACGGACGUAUCUCUGUUGCUGGUAUCUCGUCGAACAACGUCGCCUACCUUGCCCAUGCUCUCCACCAAGUCACCAAGUAA